AUGACCACAACGAAAAACCUCAAAGAAAUCCCUUCUAACUACUUGAGAGUGCACCUAAAAGUGCUUCAAUGGCUCGGAAUCGAUAUUCUUCCAGUCGAGAACAUCCCUCUAGGCUUAUUUUACAUCUACACUGUCCUUAUGUUUAUCACGAUGUGCUUUUUCCUAACAGCCGAAUUUCUCGACAUUGUGAUAAACUACGAAGACAUCUACAAGCUGAGUUUCGCCCUUUGUUACUACGUGACCCAUGUUUUAGGCACCGCAAAAAUGUUUCUAAUGUUCUAUUUGCGUAAAAAACUGAGGGGCUACUUGACGGCCUUGGAAAAUGGGAUUUUCAAACCAAAUCCGGCCCGUGGCGGAGUCGAGGAGUUCGAAUUGGUCAACGAUGCGAUAUUCCUGUGCAAUCGACAAGGCUACUUCUUUUACACCUUUGUUUUCCUUGUCAUAACAGCCCGCCUUUUGUAUGCCUCCCUCGCCAACUGGCCCUACGACAAACACAACUACAUGGACGGAAACGUCACAGUUAUCGUCAACACAAAAGUGAUGCCCUACGCCACAUGGAUGCCCUUCGACUACAACGACAGCCCCCUUUAUGAGAGCGUCUUCGCGUUCCAGAUUUUCAGCACUUUUGUCUACGGGUUCUACAUUGGGGCUGCCGAUGCCGUCAUUUGCGGGUUCAUGAUGCUGAUCAAAGCCCAAUUUUUGAUCGUGAAAAGGGAACUCGAAACGUUGAUCGAAAGGGCGCAAAGGGCCGCAAUUGCGGAAAAUUCGGACAAUAAGGACGACUUCGCCGAAGGGAUUGAACGGGUCGAAUUAUUGAAUGAGAAGACUCAACAAUUUGUUAAAAAAUUAACCAGCAAUUGUGUUUAUCACCACCAGGAGUUGAUCGCAAUGUGCGAUCACGCCGAAGAAGAUUUUAAUUACUUGAUGCUUUCGCAGUUUAUUUGUAGUUUACUAGUGGUGUGUUUCCAGUUGUUUCAAGUCAGUACGUUGACCUUCGGUAGUGUCGAGUUUUUCAGUAUGGUGUGUUAUUUGAUCCUGAUGUUGUUCCAAAUUUUGUGCUACUGUUGGCACGGAAAUGAGGUGCAACUUGUGAGUGGGGAAUUGUCAAGAAACGCUUUUGAUAUCAAUUGGAUCAUUAUGAAAGAAUCCUCAAAGAAAAGUCUCCUGCUUUUGAUGAUGAGAGCUCAAAGGCCAUGCUAUUUCACAGCCGGGAAAUUUUCAAUCCUGUCUUUACAGACUUUUAUGGCGAUCGUCAGAGGUGCAGGCUCAUUUUUUAUGUUUUUGAAACAAAUGAACAAAAUGUCGGGAAGGAAAGACCUCAAAGAAAUCCCCCCUGUCUACCUCAAAGUGCACUUAACAGUGCUUCAAAUACUCGGAAUAGACGUCCUCCCAAUCCAAAGCAUCCCCCAAUGCCUAUUUUACACCUACUCUGCCCUUAUAAUCGGCACGAUGUGCCUUUUCACCACAACCGAAUUCCUCGACAUGGUGAUAAAUUAUCAAGACAUCUACAAGCUGACUUUCGCACUUUGUUGCUGCAUCACCCACGCUUUAGGCACAGUUAAAAUGUUCGUGAUGUUACAUUUGCGGAAGAAAAUGUGGGGCUACUUCACCACACUGGAACAGGGGAUUUUCAGACCGAAUCCGGCCCGAGGCGGAGCCGAGGAGCUCGCCUUAGUCAACGAUGCGAUAACCUUAUGCAACCGACAAGGCUACUUCUUUUAUGUUUUUACAAUCUUUGUGACUGGGAAUCGCCUUUUGUACGCCGCCUUCGCCAACUGGCCCUACGACAAGCACAACUACAUCGACGGAAACGUCACUGUUGUAGUCAACACGAAAGUGAUGCCCUUCGACACCUGGUUGCCCUUCGAGUACAACGACAGCCCCCUUUAUGAAAGCGUCUUUGCAUUCCAGAUUUUCAGCACGACGCUGUAUGGAUUCUACAUUGGGGCUGCCGAUGCCGUCAUUUGCGGGUUCAUGAUGCUGAUCAAAGCCCAAUUUUUGAUCGUGAAAAGGGAACUCGAAACGUUGAUCGAAAGGGCGCAAAAGGCCGCAAUUGCGGAAAAUCCCGACGAUUUCGGUCAAGGGAUUGAACGGGUCGAAUUGUUAGAUGAUAAGACACAGGAAUUUGUUGAAAAUUUUGCCAACGAAUGUGUCUUUCACCACCAGGAGUUGAUCGCAUUGUGUGAUCACGCCGAAGAGGAUUUUAGUUAUUUGAUGCUUUUGCAGUUCAUUUCUAGUUUGUUGAUUGUGUGUUUCCAGUUGUUUCAAGUCAGUACGUUGACCCCCGAUAGUACUGCAUUUUACAGUAUGACGAGUUUUUUGAUUCUCAUGUUGUUCCAAAUUUUGUGCUACUGUUGGCACGGAAAUGAGGUGCAACUUGUGAGUGGGGAAUUGUCAAGAAACGCUUUUGAUAUCAAUUGGAUCAUUAUGAAAGAAUCCUCGAAGAAAAGUUUCCUACUUUUGAUGAUGAGAGCUCAAAGACCUUGCUAUUUCACAGCCGGGAAAUUUUCAAUCCUGUCUUUACAGACUUUUAUGGCGAUCGUCAGAGGUGCAGGCUCAUAUUUCAUGUUUUUGAGACAAAUGAAUGGUUAAAAAAUUGCACGGGUUACACGUUUUUGCACAAUUUUAAAUCUAAAAACUUUUAAAAUGAGUGUUGUUGAUUCUGAAAAACCUACU